UUUAGAUUUCUUUUAAAGUAGACAUUCUCAGUGCUGCUAUAUAAAUAUACGAAUUCGCAGGCAACUAACUGUUCCUUCUGUUUUGGAAUUAUUCAUUUCAACAUAUUCAUAAGCGGAUGUCGUCGUAGUGGAUUGCCGGAGAGUAAAACUCUUUACGAAUUUUUCGGAGUGAUGUGCAGUAGAAGUCCAACCUAUUGUGGUCAUAACCUUUGCUGCUGCGCUUCUACCAACUGCUAUCAUGAACUGCGUGAUCACUUCUUUCGAGGCAUUCUUCAGCUUAAAAAAGGUGUAAUUUGUGAUGUGUAUCGCCAACAAUGGAUAGGAAAUAGUCGUUCUAAAGGUUUGAACAGAUCAUCCUAUCCGACAUUCGAGCAGCUAUACAGACGCACCGACUGUACCGCAUGUGUCUCGCUGGUUGAUGAGGAAGGUGUGGAAAUGACUUGUACGGAAGAUGUUCGUAAUGCAUGUCGUGGUAUGGAUCUGUUUGUUGGAGGCGCUGUUGUAUGCAGUGGAAACGGUGAUUGCUGCUGUCAGGGAGAAGACUGUUCAGAAGCAUUACGGAAUUUCUAUUCAGGUCAUCAGAAAGUGUUAGGAACACCGCGAAUAUUUGCAUCAUUAAGUGGUGGUCAUUAUCUCAGUACCAAUCCACUAAUCAUUGCCGCUUCUCUAUCCAUGAUUGUUCUUUUAAAUCUGUGGCUUCGUUCUGUUUUACAAAUGUCCUCCACUGCAACAUUCGGAGGGAACAGUUUGCAUCCAAAAUUUCUCUCCUUAUUUCAGUUAUAA